AUGGUCCGGUGCCUGAUUUUCCUAUCUACUGCGUUGGCUGUAUGUGGGGUUACCCUGGCCUCAUACAGUUGGAGUGGGCCUACGGCGGCCGCCCAGUGUGAGAAGGAGGCUAAAGCACUCCGGGCCCUCAUCGCCCAGAUGAAAUACACGGUCGUUCUUCUUAAAGAACAAUUAGCUCAAGCUCCAUAUGGUGCCAUAAAAGGUCCAAAAGGAAGCCCUGGACAUCCGGGACAUAAGGGACCACGUGGCUAUCCAGGACCGAAGGGUGAUAGGGGUGACCCAGGUCCCAGGGGGCCAAGACCAUAUGAAGUAGGAUAUCCCGGCUAUAAAGGACCAAGAGGCGAUGCGGGGGAUCAAGGAAAAUUUGGAUAUAAUGGAAAAAUAGGUGAACAGGGUGAUCCAGGGAAAAAGGGACCGACGGGAUAUCCAGGUGAUAAAGGUCCCAAGGGUAUGGAAGGGGACCCUGGAGAGAAAGGAGACAAAGGGGACCCAGGAAAACAAGGCAUUAAAGGUAUAAAAGGGCCAAAGGGAGACCAGGGACCCAAGGGUGUUACAGGAGAUAUCGGAAAACCUGGACUGGUUGGACCCAAGGGCGUUAGGGGCGAAAAGGGAGAGAUAGGAGAUCCAGGAAAACAAGGCAAGAAAGGUUUGAAGGGUGAAAAGGGGCAAAAAGGAAUAAAAGGACCUAAAGGUAACAAAGGACCGACCGGAGACAUGGGUCCUAAAGGAAUGCAGGGAGAAAGGGGUCCAAGAGGAUUCCGAGGGCCCAUGGGAUUUAAGGGUGAAAAGGGCGACAAGGGUGACCAAGGAGACGAGGGCGAGAAAGGGGAGCGUGGAGACCAAGGUCCAAAGGGCAUAAAGGGGGUUAAGGGGCCCGAGGGGGAUAUGGGCGACCCAGGAGACCGGGGGUCUGAAGGACACAAGGGCGAGAAGGGGGACCGUGGUGAGAGAGGUGAUAAGGGUGAGAAAGGGGAGACAGGAGACAUGGGGCCGCCGGGGGAUAAAGGUAUGAUGGGAGAUCCUGGAUUCCCUGGCGAUAAAGGACCUCCUGGACUCAGUGGACCAAAGGGGGUCAAAGGACACGUUGGACCCAAAGGGCCAAAAGGAGACCCGGGUCCCUCAGGGACACCAGAUUAUCCACCAGAACCAGCGACACCAGAACCUCCGAAGAAACCAACUCCCAAGGUGAAAAAAGUCAAACCAAUAAAACCACCAGCUCCAAGCAAACCAGAAAAACCCGAUCACUCUGAGGGUCCAGACUAUCUACCCAAUGCAUUCACUUCAUUCCAUAAUGAUUAUUUAGAUGACCUCUAUCGCUAG